UGCCAAAUCCCAACUUCGAGUUCCGAUCGGAACUGCAUCGCGAUUCACACCAGCAGAGAGAGAGAGAGAGAGAGAGAGAGAGAUUGAUUGAUUCAUGGGGAAGGCCGUGGGACCAACAGGAGAGUUCUUCAGGAGGAGAGACGAGUGGAGGAAGCAUCCGAUGCUCUCCAACCAGCUCCGCCACGCCACGCCGGGCCUCGGCAUCGCCCUCGUUGCCUUCGGCAUCUACCUCGUCGGCGAGGUCGCCUACAACAAGAUUUACGCUCCUCAUCCGUCCCACUCCCACUCUUCCUCUUCGUCUUCUCAAUCUCACUGAGACGACGGACUCAUCAUCUAUCAGGUGAAUGCUUGAGUGCGAGGACGCAAGUGAAGAGCUUGACAGCGUAUCUCAGUUUUUUCCUGUGUUUAAUAAUGCUUUCAACCUUAAAAAUGGAUCUGUUACCUUUGGUUGUUUGUUCAAACAUGUAAUCAACUUUGGAGCAGUGGUGUUAUGAACUGUGUCUACGUGCUUUCAUGCCAUGAAAAGUUUGAAACUUUGAUGCUGUUUUGUCUA